UCUUAGUUACCAUCUGCCUAUUUUCAUGCAUACAUUUAUCUAACAGAAACCAUAGACCUUUUCCCCGCCUUCCUUUCCCAAUCUCAUCAUAAUAUAAACUUAUCUUUACUUCCUGUCCUCACAAUAAGGUCUGCCCUCUUGGACUCCAAACCAACUCCCGAAAUUAAAUUUCAUAAGUGCUAAACUUUAACUAGGUUAGGAGGCUCAGGAUAAAGGCAAGACAGUGCCACACAAACAGCCACUUGAGCAGCAUUUCUAACUGGACCAGGACGUGACCAUGACCUGCUGUGAAGGAUGGACAUCCUGCAAUGGAUUCAGCCUGUUGGUUCUACUUCUGUCGGGAGUAGCUCUCAACGCAAUACCUCUCAUUGUCAACAGACUUGAGGAAGGCGAAUUUUUUAAAAACCCCAUCUCUUGCUUUGAGUGGUGGUUCCCAGGAAUUAUAGGAGCAGGUCUGAUGGCUAUUCCAGCAACAACAAUGUCUUUGGCAGCGAGGAAAAGAGCGUGCUGCAACAACAGAGGCGGGAUGUUUCUUUCAUCAUUUCUGAAUAUAAUCACAAUACUUGGUGCUGUGUUCUGCGUGCUGGUAUCCUUGCAGGCUCUCUUGAAAGGUCCUCUCAUCUGUAAUUCUCCAGGCAACAGUACCUGUGAAUUUUCAGUAGACAAAUUAAGGAUUUAUCCCCAAUCCUUCAAUCUACAGUGGUACUUCAAUGGAUCUUGCGUAGCUCCUAACAGUUUAAAUUCUUCCACCACGAAUGACACCAUGGCCAGUGACUUGAAAAAAUACAACUUGCAAGAAAAGAGGCACAAGACUAUCCAUUUCUCAGUAUUUGUAGGCCUACUGCUUGUGGGGAACCUUGAGCUCCUGUGUGCACUCAGUCAGAUUGUCAUCGGUUUCCUGGGCUGUCUGUGUGGAGUCUCCAAGCGAAGAAGUCGAAUUGUGUAACAAAAUGGAAAUAUAAGCAGUUUGAAUCAUCUGAGAAUUACAUUUAAAAGAUACCCUUUUAGAAGUUAGAAGUUCAUUAAUAGAACAUUAGCUAGAAAGUUGUAUUAAUCCUUCUAGUCCAAAAGGUUGUUUUUAAGGUGAUUUAAAAAAAAAAUCAGCCUUUUACAUAUAAUGUUGGUAAAUGUAAACCACUUUCAUAAGAAAAAGUAAAUAUCACCAGUAGUUGACUUUGGGGUGCAGUGAAGCUUUCAAUGUGUUUUGAAUCCUUUUGUGCUGUUUGAAUUUUUUAACUCUACAUUCUUGUGUGAGGAGAGGAAAAGAGGGAGGGGAAAGGAGAUGGGUGAUGGAGGAAGGGAGAACGAGAGGGAACAAGUUAUCUUGGAAGUCAAAGUAGGGGACCUUUUCCUUGUAUUUCUUUAUACUUUAAAAAAUAACUAUCUAACCUGAAUGUAAUCAAGUUUUUAUACUGAAUUCCUCACUUACUGGAAAUCCAGGGAGAGAGAGACUCAAAUUCUAAAGGUAGGACAGUAAAUAGACAAUAGCCUUCUGUUUUCAACAAGAAAAUGUACAGGGAAAAAACAAGUGGAAUGUAUUGAGGAAACUAUUUUAUAUUGAGAACAAAGAGAUGUUAUUCAACUAAAUGUAUUAUGCAGACCUUGUAGGGAAAAUAGGGCAAAGUUGUACAGGAUUGGUUUGGGUAAUAUUAAGGACUUAUUGUGAAUAUUUACGGCUGAUAAUGGCUUUAUGGUAAUAUAAAAAAAUGUCCUUAUUUUUUAGAAAUGCAUGUUUUUGUAUUUGGGGGAAAAUGUCAGGUUUUUAAAAUACGUCAACCAAAAAUAAAGCAAUUGAAAAAUGUUCAUUGUUAUAUAUAGGGACAGGAAUAUAGUGAGUCAUUAUACUUUUCUAUUUUCCUAUGUUUGCAUUUUUCACAAUAAUUAAAGAACUAUAAAUACCUAGAAAAAAAUCAGUCUUUCAAAAGCUGGUUUCUAUAUAUCAUAAUCUUUAAAAGACAACAUAAUAAAACAGUGUAUUUACCAUAUUAAAAUGAUAUAAAACACUAAAAAUCUACAAUUUUCUGAAUGUGAUCAUUCCUGCAUUUUUUUCCAAUUAUUUAUGUUCACUGCGCUUCAGGUUGUAGAAAUAACUUACAAUACUUACAUUAUAGCUGCUCUUCAAAAUUAGUAACAUACAGGCACUUUCUUUCGGAAUCCAUUUGCUGUGUAAAGACCUCCUCAUGCUCUUAUAAAUUACCCCAAUUUACCCUUAAAGUUUAACUUACAUUAUUUCUACUUGAGAAAGCUUUCCCAGAGUGCAUGAUUCCAAUAAAUCAAGUUAGCACUUACCCAAACUACUAUUAUCAUACCUGUCACAAUGUAACAUAAAUGUUUUUGCUUGUAUGUCCAUCAUUAUAAGACAACAAGGACCAACGAAUGCUUCUCAUCCAUUAAUUCAUCAGCUCCUUCCUGCUUCAGGUUAGCAAGGCCUCUCUUCCAUCCAGGCCCCCAAUAUCCCCCUGUCCAAGUCUAAUCUCUGGCUAAGUCCUCUUCAUCCUUUAGCACAAAUAUUCCUUUCUCUGAGAAGCCUUCCCUAACCACCUAAUGACAAGCAGGUGUCCCCUUACCCUCCCUUAGCUCUCUUUCAUUGAUAGUACUCACCACAAUGGUGAUGGCAUUUUUAUCUGUACUUGCUUCUUAAAUUUCACUUUCCCCCAUAAGACCAUAAGCUCCAUGGGUACAGGGAUAUGUUUCUUUUACCCGCUCCUGGUAUACUCAGUACCAAGUACAGUGCCUGACACAAAGUAAGGCCACCACUAGAAAUAUUCUGUGGAAUCAAUGAAUGAAUUCUAUCUUGGCUACUAGGAAUAUUCUAUUGAAUGAACUGAUGAAUUCUAUCUUUAGUACUUAGCUUUCAGCAAAGAUUCAAUACUUACUAAAUGAAUGUCAAACUGCUAAUAGCCAUAGAAUUAAAACACAAGUGACUAACAGGACAGUUCACACUACGUAGCUGAACAACAUGAGGGGCAGCGACAGUGCACACAAUCUCUGCAUCACCCUCGAUCAGUGGUCGGUAAACUCAUUAGUCAACAGAGCCAAAUAUCAACAG